AUGGAGACUAUAGUUCUGUACCUAUCCCCAGGGAUGGGCCAUCUCAUAUCAAUGGUAGAGCUCGAAAAACUUAUCCACAAACACCAUCCUUCCUUCUCUAUCAUCGUCCUCACACUCAUCCCCUCUUUGAACACCGGCACCACCGCCUCUGAUGUCCACAACAUCUCUGCCACCUUCCCUGCCAUCACUUUUCACCAUCUUCCUGAUAUCCCUAUUGAUCCCCAACUUUACUCCUCUAUGGAAGCCAUCACCAUUGAGCUUUCUCGACUUAGCGCUCCGAACAUCAAGAAUGCUUUACAGUCCAUUUCUCUCUCCUCUCACAUUACAUGUAAUGUAAUGUCUGUGGCUACUAACUUCAACAUUCCUGUAUACUACUUUUCAACUUCUAGUGCAUGUUUUCUUCAGCUACUCAUAAACUUUCCGACACUUCAUGGAACCUCGACCGGAAGUUUCAAAGAUAUGAAAACACUUUUCCAGUUGCCGGGGAUUCCCCCGAUAGCCUCGUCCGAGAUGCCAGACCCACUUCUUGAUAGAACGUCUACUGUUUAUUCAUACUUUCUUAAAAUCAGUGAGAACAUAGCCAGAUCAAAUGGGAUUCUUGUCAACACAUUUGAAUCGCUAGAACCAAAAGUGAUUAACGCAAUGACUAACGAUUCUCAACCAAGUAAAAGUGUUGUUAAUUUGUGUUUUGGAAGUUUAGGUUUGUUUUCAAGUGAUCAGUUAAAGGAGAUCGCCAUCGGGCUUGAGAUGACUGGACAUCGAUUUCUAUGGGUGGUACGAAGCCCACCGUCGAACAAUACGGAGGACCGUUUUCUGCCACUACCGGAACCAGAUUUAAAUUUGCUACUUCCAGAAGGUUUCUUGGAUUGUACAAAAGAUAGAGGAUUUGUAGCAAAGAAUUGGGUGCCACAAGUGGCGGUUCUCAGCCACAAGUCUGUGGGUGGGUUUGUGACUCAUUGCGGGUGGAACUCGGUGUUUGAAGCAGCAUGUACGGGUGUCCCGAUGGUUGCUUGGCCGCUUUAUGUAGAACAUAGGUUUAAUAAGGUGGUGUUAGUGGAGGAAAUGAAGUUGGCUCUACCGAUGGAUGAGUCAGACGGUAGGAGGGUGGCGGCGACAGAGGUGGAGAAGAGGGUAGAGCAGUUGAUGGAAUCGGAGGAAGGGAAAGCAGUUAGGUCGAUGGCAAUGAAAAGAAAAGAGGAUGGUGAAAAGGCAAUGAGUAACGAUGGGUCAUCUCGUGUUACAUUGUACAAAUUAGUUGCAUCAUGGUUGUGA